UUUCCAUACCCCAGAAUUGAUUUCCUCUUCCUAUUUCUCUUGUGUUGCAUUGUCCUUCUCAUGCCCGCCGUCCUCCUCCUCCUCCGCCGACAGAGCCACCCUUCAGCCGCCACCAGCCUCCCUCCGGGCCCGCCCGGAUGGCCCAUUUUCGGCAACAUGUUCGAGCUCGGGCCGGAGCCCCACAAAACCAUAGCCGGGCUGAAAAAGGCCUACGGGCCCGUCGUCUCGCUAAGAAUCGGGUCGAUCCAGACCGUGGCCCUCCUCGACGCCCGGUCAGCGACCGAGCUGUUCAAGAAGCACGACGCGGGCUUUUCCGAACGGGCCAUCACGGACGUGAUGCGGGCCACGGGCUUUGAGCGGGCCUCCAUCUCGCUCUCCCCCUACGGGCCCUAUUGGCGCACAAUGAAACGGAUCAUGACCGUGGAUUUGCUGACCCAGGGGCGGAUCGGCAAGACGGGGCCCGUCAGGCGGCGGUGCGUGGAUGACAUGCUGAGGUGGAUCGAGAGGGAGGCCGGGCCCGGGCGGCCCGUACACGUGGCGAAGUUGGUGUUCCUAGCGUUGUUCAACAUGAUCGGGAAUUUGGUGUUGUCGAGGGACCUGGCGGGCCCGGAGACUGAUGAGGCAUCCGAGUUCUUCGAGGCCUUGUUGGAGGCAAUAGAGUUGUCGGCCCAACCGAACGUGGUGGACGCAUUCCCGUGGCUAUGGUGGGCCGACCCACAAGGGUUGAAGCGGAAGGCGAAGCGUGGGUUCAAGAAGAUGUUGGGGAUUGUCGGGGGUCUUGUGGCCGAGAGGUUGAGAGAGAGGUCGUCGAUGGGUGUGGAGGGGAAGAGGGAUUUUCUCCAAGUGUUGCUUGAGCACCGGAGGAAUGGAGAGGGGGAGAUGGGUCAAAUUUCCGACCACAACAUCAAUGUAAUUGUCUUGGAGUUGUUCAUGGCCGGAACAGAAACAACGAGCAGCACGCUCGAGUGGGCCAUGGUCGAGCUACUCAAGCAUCCACAAGCCAUGACCAAAGUCCGAGACGAGCUUCGCGCGGUGGUCGGGAACAAGGGAGACAAAUUCGAGGAGCGACACGUGGAUAGCCUGCCCUACCUGCAAGCCGUGGUAAAGGAGACCAUGAGGCUGCACCCGGUGGUCCCGCUGCUGAUCCCUCGACGAGCGGUCCAAGAAACAGUUUUUAUGGGCCACCGAAUUCCCUGAGGGGCCCAAGUGUUGGUGAACGUGUGGGCCAUAGGGCGGGACCCGGAGUGCUGGGACGAGCCCAUGUCGUUCAGGCCCGAGAGGUUCCUUGGGUCGAGAGUCGACUAUAAAGGGCAGAAUUUCGAGCUGUUACCUUUUGGGGCCGGGCGGAGGAUUUGCGCCGGGAUCCCUCUGGCCCACCAGAUGCUUCACCUUGUGCUGGGGUCGUUGCUGCACGAGUUCGAGUGGCGGGUGGACGGGCCGGGAUGGGUCGGGCUGGUGGAUGAGAGGGAGAGGAUG